AUGCCGAAUCGACAUGGAGGCGCCAGGAAUUUGUCCGCGGGCACUCCCGCUGAACCUACAAAUACAGCAGAAACCGAAUCCUUGACAACGGAAGGCAAAAAUGUGGCGAACGCUCAACUCGGCCCUCCGCCUGAGAAGCCGGAAGCAAUUCGCACCAGGUCGCUUGUGAUAUGGGCAUUUUGGGCAGUGAUAGUGUUAUUGGGGGUUCCAAUGUGGUCAAAGACAACGUCUAUUUACAGAGCUCGACUUCCACUUGAUGAUAUGAUAGACUGGGCUGCUGGCAAGUCAUGCCGACCAGUGUUUCCACUUCAAAUAAAAGUCCAAGCUCCUUUAGUUCAGACCCAAGACGCGAGGAAUCUUGUUCAAUCGACACAGCACGCGCUGGACGAUCUUAACGACUUCCCUGCUCACCACCUUCGACUCCAGCUAGUGGAGAAGCCACAAGGUCUUGAUGAAGACACCGCAAACAUCGUGGGUCUUGAUACAGAUUUCAAUACCUCGAAUACUGCCGCCCUUGUUGUACGACUCCUCCCAAGUGAUAACAUUACAGCGCCGAUUUCAAGUUUGCAUCAGUAUGUCGAACGACUGGAUAUUUCGUAUCCAUCCAGCCAAAUACAACAACAAUCAGCAUCACAGUCGCCUCUAGCUUCAUUUAUUGCUAGGGAGUUACAGAAUCUAUUCAGUGAGGAGAAGGCCACACUGCAAUACAUUCUCUCCAAAAGUAACAUGUUAGGUCCCGUCCUCCAACCCUCGAUCACUAGCAGAUCAACGGCAGGGCUGCAGUCUUCACAUGGUAGCAUAAAGGAUCAACGGAAUACAGCUAUGGGGUCUGUUGCUCCAGAGCUGCUGGACUCUAUUGCUCGCCGGAUCAGCCGCUCCUUCAAGUACGCGGAUACGUAUCACCUAAGCUUUUCUCUCUUUACUCCUGGUGCAGAACCCUCGUCGUGGGAUAUCGAGCCAGCUCUGCAGGAAUACUUGAUGCCUCUUCUUACUACCCUUUCUCCGAUAAGCAAUUUCACGAUCACCACUCAGGUCCAACUCUAUGCCGCUUUCUCUCCGACUUUCACGCCUCUUGAAUACGACCAGGCUCGAGAAGCAUGGACUCUUAAGAAGGAAGAUCUUAGUGCUUUUAUUAAUGCUGCAGAAUGGCCGUUAAACCCUAGCAUUGGUCGUGGGCCCACAAUCAAUUUCAUUCUCUACGUUCCGGCGCCCACCCAAUCACCCCUCGUCAUCAAAGAAAGCCUCGCAACAAGCUGGCUAAUUCCUCAAUGGGGGGGAGUUGCUAUUCUCAACCCACCCGUGUCCCUCGCGAAUGAGUCUCCUAAAAAUCCAUCCCACCUUACCAAAGAAUCCCUUCAUCGUGCGCUAUCCACAUUCUCUCACCAACUUUUCUCCCUCCUAGGAGUGCCGACUUCCCCAUCUUCUCUACCAUUACGCCUUCAACACUUGAUUCGAAUGAACACAGCGUCCUUACUAAUCUCUGCCUCUUCUACCAUGGGAUCUCUAGCCCGACUCACUCGCUCUCUUCCAUCAAUUCCUAUCCCAGCAAAUGUUGCUACGUCCGUAUCAAGAACGCUCUCCCAUCUAUCCUCUGCAUGUGACCUCUUACGAGAUGGGAAUUUCAUGCAGGCCCUCGCUUCUGCUCGCAUUGCCGAGAAUGAAGCAGAGAGGAGCUUCUUUGAAAAAAGUAUGGUUGGACAGGUAUAUUUUCCAGAUGAGCAUAAGGUUGCGGUCUACCUGCCUCUCCUGGGACCCAUUGGAGUCCCGUUGGUGCUGGGAUUAAUCAAGGAAGUCAAGAGGCUUGUGUCCUGGUGGAAAACGAGGAAAAUAUGA